AAAAACACCCUUCUCCUCGUCUUCAUCCACGGCUUCAAAGGCAACGACCAUACCUUCCACCACUUCCCCGACCAUCUCCGCGCCCUGAUCGCGCACUCGCUCCCCCGAAUCGACGUCCUCGCCCUCCAAUACCCGCAGUUCCAAACCCGCGGCGACCUGCACGACUGCGUUGCCAAUUUCAAAGAAUGGCUGCAAAACAAAGUCAUCGACCUCGAAGUCGCCAAUCAGACCCCGAGUCCGACCGUGGAUCCGGGCGUGCAUGUCAUCUUGUGCGGACAUUCAAUGGGCGGGAUUGUGGCUGCGGAGGCGUUGUUGAGUAUUGCGGGAGAUGAGGUUGUGCCUGUUCGGGGGUCUGAUGAUAGGAUGAAGGGCACUACUACUCCUCCUCGAGAAGAAGAAGAAGAAGACUCGAGUAGUGUACUCUUCUUUCCCCGCGUGAAAGCUGUUCUCGCGUUCGAUACGCCAUAUCUCGGAAUCAGUCCGGGAGUUCUGGCGCAUGGUGCGGAAGAACAGAUUGGGCAUGCGAAUAAAGCAUAUCAGGCCUAUGAUCAAGCUGCGAGUUUCUUCGGCUGGGGGAAUAAUAAUAAGAGCGCUGCUACACCACAACCCAUCACAAAUGCGAGCAGUAAAGGUUUGCCAGCUCCCGGUAAUGCAGGGGGAGGUGGUUUCAAAUGGGGCAAACUCGCCAUGUACGCUGGAGCGGCCGCAGGCAUCGCGGGUGUAGCGGGCGCGGCAUAUAUGGGUUGGAACCAUAUCAAUCAGGGUGUCGCGUGGGCGAGCAGUCAUCUCGAAUUCGUGUCAUGUUUGGCACGAGGGGCGGAAUUGCAGAAGAGGGUGGAGAAGGUGGUGGCUCUGACAAGUACGCAUGAUGUUGGAUUUGCGAAUUUCUACGGGGCGUUGGAUCCGGAGAAAGUCAUGAGUAAGACGAAAUAUGCGGGACAGCUGUUAGGAGAGGAUCGGACUUUUUAUGACAGGAGUAAAUCCAAGGGACGCUGGGUCAAAUGCGUCAACUCGAUUGCGGGAGACGAAAUUACGGCCCAUCAAUCCAUGUUUGUACCGGACAAGAAUCCCGAUUAUCAUGCCAUGUUGCCUCGUGCGCGGGAUCAGGUGUUGGAGUGGAUAGAUUGGAAGUGGUAUGAACAAUCUGAGAAGAAGGGGGAGGGGGAGGGGGAGCCGGAUCAUGAUGAUAAUGAUGAUGAUGAU